ACGGAGGGAGUACCAUUUCCCCUUCCGCGUUCCUGCCUGGUCAAUUUCGAAACAAAAAACACCUUCUUCAUCUCCCUAUAUAUCACAACACUAGCUAUGACCUUCCCUAAGUAUUUACAACAUCAAAUUCUUUAUUUAUUUUCGGAAACCAAUAUUUCUAAGUAUGAGGAACAUUUUUUCUGCACCGAAAUCUCCAUCUCCAUCUCCACCUCCGUCUUGGUCUCAUCGCACCACCUUUUCUUCAUCGAUAAUGGAUGAGAACAUAGAAUCUGCUGCCGCGAUAAUUAUCAAGUGGAACACGGAUUCAUUAGCGCAAGCAAAAUCGUCGCCUCUGUUCUCCGGAGACCGUACCGAGUCCAAACUGUUUAUUAAGUCUAUUGAAGAGCUGCAAUUCGCUUUGAAGUACUUUGUUUCGGAGAAUUACAGCCCGAGUAAACUCGUCCAGGGCCAAAAUCUCAUGCAGAUGGCGAUGAAAAGACUCGAAAAGGAGUUCUACGUUAUGCUGUCAGCUCAGAGAGAUUUUCUUGAUUCUCAAUCAUCAGUUAAAUCGAGCGUUUCAGAUGAAGAGAGCGAUUUUGGAAGCUCGGGCGGUGAACAGACAAUAGAAAAUAAUUUCGACGUAGCAAUGGCGGAUCUAAAAAUUAUUGCUGAUUGUAUGAUCAAGUACGGAUAUGGAAAAGAGUGUGCGAAGAUUUACAAAAUUGUUCGUAAAUCAGUAGUGGACGAGAAAUUAUAUUACCUAGGCGUGGAGAAUCUGAGCUUGUCUCAGAUUCAAAAGCUUGAUUGGGAGACAAUUGAGCUCAAAUUGAAACAAUGGGUGAACGCGAUGAAAGUUGCUGUCAGAACUCUGUUCCGAGGAGAAAGAAUUCUUUGUGAUCACGUCUUCGCCGCGUCUGAUUUCAUCAGAGAAUCGAGCUUCGCGGAGAUUUCAAUGAGCGGGGGACUCAUGCUGCUCACUUUUCCAGAAAAUAUAGCGAAAUUAAAAAAAUCACCAGAGAAAAUAUUCAAGCUUCUCGAUCUAUACGAUGCUAUUUCACGGAAUUGGGAAGAUAUAGUGUCUAUUUUUUCUUUUGAUUCGACCUCAGCUGUCCGAUUACAAGCGCAUUCUUCGCUAUUUAAACUCGGUGAGGCCAUCCGAAUCACCCUGUCCGAAUUUGAAUCAGCGAUACAGAAGCACACUUCGAAAUCAAUUCUUCCAGGUGGCGGUGUGCAUCCUCUGACGCGUUACGUUAUGAAUUAUUUCGUUUUCAUGGUUGAUUACAGCAGUAUAUUGCCAGAAAUCAUCGCGGAGGAUCCUGUCACGACGACAGCGUCUGUUUCCAUGCCUGAGUCUUAUUUCUCCGCGUCAUCUCCCGAUGAAAAUCCUCCACCGAUUUCUUUACGAUUCGCGUGGAUUAUACUUGUUCUUCUCUGUAAACUCGACGCCAAUGCGCAGCUUUACAAAGACGUGUCUCUGUCGUAUCUGUUUCUUGCCAAUAAUUUGAACUACAUUGUCUCGAAAGUGAGAAAUUCAAAUCUUAGAGUUUUUUUGGGAGAUGAAUGGCUGGAGAAGCAUCAAAGCAAAGCACAACUAUACGCGUCGAAUUACAAGAGAAUGAGCUGGAGUAAACUCGUCGCAUCCUUGCCUCAUAAUCCAGCAGCUGAUAUUUCACCUGAAGAAGCAAAGAAGAGUUUUUUGUUAUUUAAUUCAAUUUUUGAAGAAUCGUAUCGAAAGCAAUCCAACUGGAUUGUGACUGAUCCGGAACUCCGAGACCAGAUUAAAACAUCAGUUGCAAUUGAGGUUGUACCGGUCUACAGAGAAUUUUACGACAAAAACAGGCAGUGGUUUAGAAGAGAAGUUGGGUUUGAGUCAGUUGUGAGAUAUGCCCCGGAAGAUUUAGAGAAUUAUUUGUCUGAUUUGUUUUCCGGGAAUGGAGUAGGAGAAAGUACGUCAUCCUGUAGUUCGGUGGCAGCAUCACCGGCACGGGAAAUACGACGUCGCUGAAGAGGAUAAGUUUCGUAGACGGCAAUUGGAUUGACUAAUGUACUGAAAAUGACAUUUAGUUAGGUGCAUAGAGCAUGCUUGUUGUUAAACUAUGUAGAAAUUCGGUUUGUUGUACAUCAGCUGAUAUGGACUAAUAAAUUUUUCUAGUAAGUGUGUUCUGUUGGAA